AUGGCAGCAGGCGCCGCGACGGUGGUGCGGAGGGCAAAGCCGAAUCCGCUGAACUUCCUCUCGCAAAACUCGAUGGUGUCGAUUCCCGAGGGAGCCGACGCGCUGCAUCCAGAGGCCACGCAAGCAGCGGCUCCACUACCCCACGACCCCAUGAAGUUCAUGUCAGGAAUGUCCGAGAUGCCCGCCACUCCGGCCUACACCUGGGGCGUUUUGCAGACCCCGACAGAGACGCCUUAUGGCUUCUCUCAAUUCCGCCCAGUCACAACUCUGCAGUACCCGCCAACGAUGGCCACGCCCACUGGGUAUGCGGACCCACAGCGAAAGACACUCAGUCUCCAGGAUAUGAUUCAAAGUCCAAAGGUUGAAGACAAAGCGGCGCUGUUGCACUCAACUUACCAGCAGCUCUACCAGGUACCGCCGUACGGCCCUCCUCUGCCGCAGGCUGCCCCGCCCUACGCCGUGCCAGCUGGGCCUCCCGUCCACUACGCCGAGCCGCCUCUCAACACUCUUCCGCCCCUGCAGCAGGCGCCCCUAGCGAUGCCUCCACCCGCGGCUUUGCACACCCUGCCACCGCAGGGGCCCAUGCACGAGCCGCCCAUCUACGCGGUACCCACGGUGCCUGGAGCCCCUGGCACUCCGCCGCUUUACCCGCAGCCGAUGAUGGGACAGGGCCCUGGUACGCCGCCACCCUUGUACCCAGCUCAGCCGAUGCCGGGCCCCAUUCCGGCCCAGCCUGGCACUCCGCCCACGGUCUUCGCGCCAGCGCCCUUACAGGCACCACACGCCAUGCCGCAGCCAAUGCCCACCGGGCCGAUGCCCGGGGGCGCGCCCGCCCCAGGCGGCUGCCCCUCCAUAGCGCUGGGGCUGGUCCACGGAGCUCAGGGACAGCCCCCGGUCUCGCAACCUCUUCAGGCCCACUACGGACCUCCCCCAAGCGGUGCUCCGACCGUCGCCCCCGGCGCAGCACCAGGUGUUGUUCUGGCCCACCCUAGCGUCGCAGCGCAGCCUCCGCCGCCGCCUCCAAACUUCGCUGCGCCAGCAGUGGUGGUGUCACCGAAGGCUGCAUCGGCCCCGGCCGCCACCUCGAACAUGUCCGAGUCUGACAUUCGCACGCUGCUGGACGUCGCCAUGCAAUCUGGCAACCAGGAGGCCGUCAGCGCCGUGGCCCGUCAGGCCAAGGCUGCUGGCAUGUCUGCAGAGCGCUUCCGCUCGCUGCUCCCAGCGCCGAACUCCGCAGCGCGAUAA